UGGGAAAUGUAGUUCAAGAAGCCACGUGCCUUGGCAGGCUUGGAAGAAAACGCCGGAGGGAUUGCGGCCCCGCCUGCUCGUUCCGCAGAUUCCUGGAUUCCUGCUAGGAGCGGUGUCUGCCUUAGAUUUCCCGGAAAGUCAUGUAAUUUCCCCUAGAAACACUUCUCCUUAAGUGCAAACAAUACAGAGAUAAUGCUUUGAGCAGUGCGCUUUGGACACGCUCAGAGGAACUCUCACCUCUACUUCUUUUCUCUUUUUUUGCAGCUUCCAGGGUUGAGACUUGGCAUUGAAAAAAGGGGUCGUGUCUGCCUUCUUAGUUCAAGGUGAACUCGAAAUUCAUCCCGGGUUGAAUCGUUUUUUGUUUUUUAUUUGUGAAAUAGUUUUUAUUUGGUUUUAUAAGAGUAAUUCAAAAUAGUUAUAAUUUUUGUGUGGCUUCCCACGUGCUGUACUUCAAGGUCUGAUUCCCUUUAAUUCUGCCUCCAGACUAUUGCUCAAACCAAAUACAUCCAUUCUUGAUAAAAUCCCUUAUACCACAGCUAGUCCUAUGUUUGUGUUUCAAUGAAUCUCCUUGAAAUACGGGCGGCAACACCCCGUUUUGCCCUCUUGCACGUUGGUUGCACGUCAGUUAUACACAUUCAAAAUAGUCACGGCCUUUAGUCUUUUAAUAGUCUGUUAUUGUCCAGUACCUGACAGUCCUUGCAACAGACGUAAUCCAUUUGACGCCACUAUCGUAUCCUUAAUCUGGGGUCUGUGCACAUGCAACCCCCUAGAAACAGAAGGGACCCCUAUUCCUCUGGGUAAGUUCCAUAGUUAAGUGUUAGCACACAUGCUUGGCAUGUAGAAUCCCUGGCAUUCCUAAACUGGGCUGGGAAAGCCCCAUGUCUGAAAUGGCUGCCAUUCACUGGCCUGGUUCACAUGUCCCAGAGAGCAGCUGGAACAUGGCUUACCAUGACUGCAGCUGCAUUGCUCCUGGUGGGCUUUUGAGAUCAGCAGCAUCUGAACCUGAGAUCGUACUGUAUUGGCUUGAAUAUAAACCACACCCGCAAAUAAGCCGUACCUUUAAAAUUGAAAGGGGAGGGAGACAAUACCCGGAUAUAAGCCGCUCCCUUAAAAUUGAAGAGAAAAAGAAAAAAGUCCAUUGAAUUCAGUGACUAAAAUAGUGAUUUUAUUUUACCAUAUGCCAAGCCAGUUCAAGCCUUUGAUCUUGCAAGCCCUCAAAAGUUGCCGUACAAUCGCUAAAAUCGCUUUUCAAUUGCUACAAUUCCGCCCGUAAAUCGUAGCACCGUAAAUGCAAAUUAAAAAAUCAAUACUGCACUGUAAAGUAAGGGGAAAGCGACGAAUGAUAUUAGAAUUAAUUGCACAACAGUCUCGAGUUCGCAAAUCGGCAAGAAAACAUUUUUUUGUUCCAUUUUCCAUAUGUCUGCUUCAGCAGCGAUACCGCAAAAGCCAAUUUUUGUAAGGUCGCGAAUUUACGCCGCACUUUAACUUUUCACAGUCGGAAUUUGGAAAAAAAAUAAUGCGGCUUAUAUUCGGGCCAAUACGGUAGUAAAGCUCUCUCCUCCUUGGCCAUGACCUGUUGGACAUACCUUGGCUAAGGUAGGAGAGACUUUGGCUGAAACUGCACUGCACUGACCUGGCAAGCCUGUGACCUCCUCUUUGUGUGUGUGAAUGCAGCCAUGCUCCAAUGCUGGCUUGUUGCUGGACGGUAAUAAAUGCCAUUGACCUUUUGUGGUGCUUGGACAGGAUUGCUCCCCGGGCCCAGUCUCCGCAGCCUGAAAGAAGAUGGGGAAGGGCUACAAAGUGCUGGUUUGCGGAAUGGCCUCAGUGGGGAAGACCGCCAUUCUGGAGCAGGUCCUCUAUGGCAAGCACGAUGUGGGUAAGAGACGCACGUGGUUCCCCUUCUGCCCUUCCAGAGACACUUACAGGUGCCUGCCUUUCUUAUUUAACAAAUAAUCCGAAACCAUAAUCAUGGCAUGGCUGGGAUGGCGCCAGUAAAGCGGUUCUCAACAUUUCUUGUUGACGACGAGUAGCAAACUUGUUGCUUGUCAAAAUGUGUGCCAGUCACAAACGUGUGUGCCAGCCAGUGUACAGUGGUACCUCGGGUUACAUACGCUUCAGGUUACAGAUGCUUCAGGUUACAGACUCCGCUAACCCAGAAAUAGUACCUCGGGUUAAGAACUUUGCUUCAGGAUGAGAACAGAAAUCGUGCAGCAGCGGCAGCAGGAGGCCCCAUUAGCUAAAGUGGUGUCUUAGGUUAAGAACAGUUUCAGGUUAAGAACAGACCUCGGGAACGAAUUAAGUACUUAACCCGAGGUACCACUGUAUUUUCGAUUCAACUUUGGGGCGGGGGAGAGAGUAACACCUUUUGCAUUUAUUACCAUUAAUAUGAGUCUUGAGUAAGUGUGUACUUGUUCGGCCGUAAGCCACAACAGUAUGAAGGUAUUCAUACCAAAUACAAAACCGAAACCAAACAAUUGCUUGUAUAGAUGCACCUUUUGUGAAUUUGUCCAGGCCAGAGCUGAUUACAAGGGGAAGCAAGCCAUGAUUUGAUCAGUAGGAAACAAGGCGUCAAAACCACCAUACAGUUACUAAUCAUUGAAACAUAUUUUUGGGGGGCGCAAGGGAAGCAGCUUUGGCGCGCAAUGUGUGUUUUUGAAUGUGUUCGCUAAGAACUCUGUUUCUCCUUUUUUGAAAACAACAGGUGCAGAAUGCAGCGCGACAAGCGAAGACGUGUAUGUGGCUUUGGCUGAAACGGACCGAGGAGUGAAAGAACAGUUGCGCCUGUACGACACCAGGGGUGUGCAAGAAGGAGAGGAGUUCCCCAAACAUUAUUUCUCCCUCGCAGACGGCUUUGUUCUUGUCUAUGCCGUGAACAGCCUGGAAUCCUUCGAAAGAGCUGACUGGCUGAAGAAGGAGAUUGACAAGUGUAGAGAUAAAAGAGAGGUAAAACACACACACACACAAAAUACCUUCAGUCGCGUCUGAGAUACGACAAUGAGAGGGAAAAUGAGCUCAUCACCUAAAAAGCAGGUUUUCCAAACCACCGUGGUACCUCGGGUUACAUACGCUUUAGGUUGCAGACGCUUCAGGUUACAGACUCCGCUAACCCAGAAAUAGUACCUCGGGUUAAGAACUUUACCUCAGAAUGAGAACAGAAAUUGCGCGGCGGCAACAGGAGGCCCCAUUAGCUAAAGUGGUACCUCAGGUUAAGAACAGUUUCAGGUUAAGAACAGACCUCCGGAACGAAUUAAGUACAUAACCAGAGGUACCACUGUACUUAUUUACCUGCAGAUAAUGCAAUUUUACACGUGCUGGGGGUCAGUGUAGUUGUGUGCAGAGAUGGGACAGGAGUAAAAGGCCUCUGCUAUGAAUAACCCCCUCGUAGGAAGCAGCAAAGGGGUCACUUGCUCUGCCGACCAGAUUUUUUUUUUAGUCUUUUAGUGUCUCUCCUUUUACAUUAGAUUUGUGUCUCCUUUGCAAAGGGUAACUGCCAAGUUAAAAGCAAGGUCUCGUAGUCACAAGGCUUAACGUGAGCUGCAGUGUUUGAAAAGAGUGGUUGUAAAAGGUUCUUAAAACCCGCCGUAACUAUUUCCUUGUUAGUCUGUUGUAUCGGAAACAACUGCAAGUCUUUUUGGCAUCAUAAACAAUCCAUUUAUUAAGGCAUAAGCUUAAUCCACUGUUUUGGGCUGGGACACCUGUAAACACACUGAGCAGUGAGGUCACAGGGAAAUGAAAUGCAGAAAGUACAGGCAGUGCUAAUUACAUAAUUAACAGAAGUCGUUCACAAAACGUUGGCUGAUAACAAAUGGUGAGGACCAUUAUGCCAUCUUUCCUUGCAAAAGAAGAAGCGUGGCAUAAUGGUUAGAGCAGUGGUUCCCAACCUUUUUUUGGCCAUCUCUAAAAUCCCGAUGCCCGUCCGCCCUGUGACAUAUAAUUCUUCUUAUUCAAAAAGUGAACUCCUAUUCACGUGGAGGAAGCCUAAAAGGCCGUUAACUGUUAAUAACUCAGUCUCGAAUUGCCCCCCCCCCAAAAAAAUCAAAUUGCGCCCCUAUGGGGCGUUUGCCCCACGUUGGGAAUUAUGGGAUUAAGAAUGUCGCAGGGGUGCCAACUUGAGUAAAAUAUGGGGGGGGGGCAGGUAGGCCCCGUCCUGCAUGACAUGGCGCACACACACCAUUUGAAUGACAAUGCCCAUCAACUUUGGGGGGGCCCAGACCCCUCAAAUAUUUUAUGGGGGUGGGGAGUUGGAUCCCAUGGAGUGUUGGACUAGGACCUGGGAGAACAGGUUUCAAAUCCCUUCUCAGCCAUGAACCUCACUGGAGGACCUCGGGUCAGUCAUCCUCUCGUAGCCUAACCGACCUCCCAGGGUUGUUGUGAGGCUUAAAUGGGGGGGAGGAGAAUCACAGACAUCGCCUUAAGCUCCUUGGAAGAUAAAGAUUGGCCUCUAAAUGUCGUAAAUAAAUAAAAAAAUGGAUUGGAAGUGCUUUUUGCCUUAAUAGCAUCUUCUGCCAUAAUCUGUAAGGUUAGUCUGUAAGGUGCCAAGGAAAGUGUUGGGAUAAAAACUAUUACAGUGGUGCCCCGCAAGACGAAUGCCUCGCAAGACGGAAAACCCGCUAGACGAAAGGGUUUUCCGUUUUGGAGGUGCUUCGCAGAACGAAUUUCCUAUGGGCUUGCUUCGCAAGACGAAAAUGUCUUGCGAGUUCCUGCGGGGUUUUUUUCCUUUUUCCCAAGCCGCUAAACCGCUUAUCAGCUGAUCGGCUAAGCCGCUUAACAGCUGAUCGCUAAGCCGCUUAUCAGCUGAUCCGCUAAGCCCGCUAAGACGCUAAUACUGUAGCGCUAAACCGCUAAUGGGCUUGCUUCGCAAGACGAAAAAACCCGCAAGAUGAAGAGACUCGCGGAACGGAUUAUUUUCGUCUUGCGAGGCACCACUGUACAGUGGUACCUUUGUUGGACUGGUCAUGUUGUGUGGAUGCCUGAUUAUCAUCUUCCAAAGCAACUACAGUGGUAUCUCUGGUUACAGACGCUUCAGGUUACAGACGCUUCAGGUUACAGACUCCGCUAACCCAGAAAUAGUACCUUCGGUUGAGAAUUUUACCUCAGGAUGAGAACAGAAAUCGCAUGGCGGCGACGCAGCGGCAGCAGGAGGCCCCAUUAGCUAAAGUGGUGCUUCAGGUUAAGAACAGUUUCAGGUUAAGAACGGACCUCCGGAACAAAUUAAGUUCUUAACCCGAGGUACCACUGUAUAACAGUAAUACUAAGAUAAUGGAUUUAAUCAGGGGUUUUUUUUUAGGGGUUUCACCGCGGCUACUAAAUCAGACCCUUCACAAGGAAAUGGCUUCAUCAAUGUUUGCUAAUCGACUGCUGCAGCUCAGGAAGCUGAGGAAUAUCACCUACGCAGGGCUCUGUGUAUUUUCCUGCAAUAAAUUCUGUAUGUAAAGAGAGAGUGAAUCCCUAAUGGAUCUCUUAACUAAGUGCCUGUAACAAAAAAAAAGAAAGGAAGGAAGCAUUCAUCUGGGGCCAUUUAAAGCAAGUCAGCACAAGACUGCAGUUAUGUAAUGUUUGGCUGUUGUCAGAGCAAAGUUCUUACGUAACUCAGGGCUUGCCGGUUGCAUCGAUUAAGGUUGCAUCGGAAAGAGGCCUUUGCUACCUUUUCAUGGACUCUUAAUAUAGCAGUCAGAGGCGUUGUUACUCAGUGUUCUCCUUUGAUUGUGUAUCCUGAACCUUGUGUAAAGGAGGAAGUGGAUUCCCAGCAUUCCCCGAAAAUGGGGCCUGCCCGCAGCGCAGCCAAUCGCUUCUGUUUCAUCACCGCAGAUUUCGUAGCGUUCCUGACUUUGGCAUACAGACCGCAAGACUCAGUGAGGUUAAAGGAAGGAGUGUAAUCCUAUUCUGUGAAGUAAUCCUUCAGUGCUUACCUCAGUCUGGACCCGUGAGGGAGUAGAAUGGACCACGUCGCAUUUUCAAAUGCUCCCCUGCGUCAAAGACUCAACGAAAUAAGGACAAGGGAACAUUUUCUUCCCCCAAGUGGUAAUUUCUAUUAACGGGCAGCUUUUAAAAGGCAGAAAUAACCCACUGAAGAAGAAUGGUUGAGCAAUAUGCAGAAUUGGCAAAGUCAACAGCUAAAAUAAAAGAACCUAAUGACGGAGGUUUUGUGGAAGAAUGGAAACGCUUCUCGGAUUAUUUAAAAAAAUAUAAUAUGAUGAGUGAUAUUAUAAUAUGAUGAGCAAGGAGGAUUUGAACUUUGAGCAACAGAAGGGAUUGAAAAUUACCGUAGUUUUGUCGAGGUUUAAGCGAUAGAAGACAGCUGAGGGAGAGAAACAGAAACAGCAUAUAAAAGGGGAUGGGAAGUUGGGGAGGGGGAGUUUUUAUUAUGUAUUGAAAUGUAUGUGUAAAAUUUUGGAAAACUUCAGAAAAAAAACUUCAGAAAAAUAUAUAUAAAGCAACAACAACAUGGCGGAGCAUUCAAAAGUUGUGUGCUCCACUUGUAAGCCAAAGUAGUACAGUCCAUUUUAACACCUGCCCAAUUCUGCAGCAUGCGUAGGGCCAAAGCAAAAGACCUUGAUUUAAAAUAAAACUGAGAAUUGGGAGGGACAGGGUGCCUUAGGUAUAUGAGGGUCCCAUGGUGUCCCUGAGGAACCCCAGGCAUCCAUAUUGACUGAGUCAGAAAAAACAAUACAGCACAAGACCAGCUGUUUGAAAGGGGUUAAAUUUAGCCCCCACUUUUUCUCCCCCAAACAGCUGAUUGGUGGUAUUGCGGAUUCUCUCACCAGGGCUGUCUAAGAGCAGCCCCUCAAUGGUGCCCAGAUAUGUUGCUGGAUCAGGGUGAGUCAUUACUUAUUAAUAAGUCAGAAAAGUGAAUCAGGUUGUUAUUAACAGCACAGUAACUGCUUUGUUUACUACGAAGUUUCUUUCCUAAUCCAAUUAUAUAAUCGGUUGUCAUAGCAAGUGCUAUUUAGGAUACGGCUUCCUAAUUUGACUACACACACAUUGCAUCAAAGGACCUGGAAACACAGGCUGCCUCUCCUGUGAGCAAGUAAUCGACUGAGUCACUUUGCUGCACAGAAAGAUCCCUUGUGAUUCCUCUCCUCCGUUUCGUUUUAACUGUAAGGCAGAAUAGAUUUUUCUCUCUCUGUCUCUCCUUUAAUGUUAGCAGUUUGAAAGUAGUAUUUGCAUUCCCAUGGGGUUUGUAGUUCGACACAACAAAGGACGGAACGAGUCGUGAAUACCCUUUCAUCUGUGGUUGUAAUUCAUUGCAUCUCAAAAUCAAAACCGUAAAUCAAAACAAUUCAAAUCUUGUUAAGACAGUUGACGUUCGGCACUGUCUCUGUUGCUCACUUUUGGAAGAGAGAACAGGUUGUUUGAAUAGUGCCGUAUAUUCUACUUCCUGAUUCCUUAGAUGCAAAUUCAAGAACAGUAGGGAUUUGAUAAAAUAACCAGGAGCAAAGGAAUAAUCUUAAAAACCCACAAGAGAAGCAAAUUGUGAAAAGUGAACAGCUACUCUCUUACCCUGGUCAUUUUGAAGUUUUCCCCAAAUCCUGCCUUUUUUCAGCGCCUUUAGAGAAAAUUGCUUUUUAAAUGCAAAAGCAACCAUGGUUGCUAGAAACUUGCUACUACUUUAUUUCAAUAAUUUAUAAUUAGAGACAUUAGAGAAUUUUAUUUCAAUAAUUUAUAUGCUGCUUACUUAUAAUUAGAGUGGUGUAUAAUAAGAAACUUGAUCCAAUGUAAAUAAAGAUAAUUUAAUAUUAUAAAAUAAAAAUUCAGUUAAAAUGUCUGCUGGCAUUAAAAAGAGUCUUUGUAAAUUAUAUAAUCCCCCUUUUCGAUCCCUCAGAUUUGCACAAAACCAGAAAAGUGCUCAAUCCCUCUUCACAGGGAUUGCUGGGAAUUUUAACCCAGAAUUCUUUGGAGGAAACUAUGACUGUUUAAAGUGGAAUCGUAGCGCUCUAAAUGUUGUUUCAGUGUUGCCUUGUUAGAACUCUGUAGGGAGGAGGCUGGGGACAAGGGUAGAAUUACUCAUCUCUGGCGCCACCUACUGUUGACCUCCCUGCCUUCUGCUUUACUAAUCCCAGUGGGCGCCAGCCAUGACUGUAAUAAGGCAAAUAGGAAAAAGAGAAGGCAGUUUAGAAGAAGCCAAAUUACAUCAGUACCGUAAAGGAAAGAACUGGGGGAAGGAAGAUCCAAAAGGAAAGAAAACUGGCAGCAGAACUGAAGAGAGAAGCAGAGAACGAAGCAAAGCUGAGAAUUGGAGUAAUCACUUUAGGAAAGAAAAGGAGAAUAACUAACUUUGCAGUUAAGACUGGCAAGAUCUAAAAGGACGAUGUGGGUUGAAAACCAGCCGGGAACAACCUUAAUCACAACUUGCUUCAAAACCAGCCCAGCCACGAUGCAGCCAGUGCUGCCAUCAUACUUUGGGGCAGGCAGAUGUCAGAGCCCUACUCAGCAAAAUGAGCAGGCGGGGCCCCAAGACGCAACAGGGCUGCCUUAUCGCAGGCAGAGUAAUACAUCUCGUCAUCUUACAAGGAGGUGAGGAAAAACAUUCAGUCUUAGAGUCUUACGUAACUGCCGAGCUGAACACACCCAAAGCCUUUGGCAUGCCUGUGUUCUGGAUUUGGUGUGGCCUGCCUGAAUAAUGUCGAAGCUCAUAGCAACAUCCCUAUGUCAUGUUUCAUAGGAAAGAAGAGCCGUAUUUAAGUACUAUAAUUUAAUAUGCUUGCCUGCAGGUUUCCUGGCCGCUAUUUGUUUCUGGGCUUGCAGCCGCUUGUAUUUUUCAAUACACCACAACAUGCCAAGGAUACUUUUGCACAGGCAAUCUUAGUCACUGGGCUUUAAAAAUUGGGAGCAAUUCCUUGCUUCGCUGACAUAUUGGGCUCCUCUUGAAACCUAAUACCAUCUUAGUAGCAUCUGACUUUUUUUUUUAAGCAACAGAUUACAUGGAUUGAUAUAUGGCAGGAGUAGCCAAUUUGGUGCCCAGCAGAUGUUGUUGGACUACAAUACCCAUGAUCCCUGACCAUUGCCAACAACAUCAAGUGUUGUUGGACUACAAUACCCAUGAUCCCUGACCAUUGCCAACAACAUCAGGUGUUGUUGGACUACAAUACCCAUGAUCCCUGACCAUUGCCAACAACAUCAAGUGUUGUUGGACUACAAUACCCAUGAUCCUUGACCACUGCCAACAACAUCAAGUGUUGUUGGACUACAAUACCCAUGAUCCCUGACCAUUGCCAACAACAUCAAGUGUUGUUGGACUACAAUACCCAUUACCCCUGACCAUUGCCAACAACAUCAGGUGUUGUUGGACUACAAUACCCAUGAUCCCUGACCAUUGCCAACAACAUCAAGUGUUGUUGGACUACAAUACCCGUGAUCCCUGACCAUUGCCAACAUCAUCAAGUGUUGUUGGACUACAAUACCCGUGAUCCCUGACCAUUGCCAACAACACCAGGUGUUGUUGGACUACAAUACCCAUGAUGCCUGACCAUUGCCAACAAGGUGUUGCUAGACUACAGUAACCAUAGUCCUUGACCAUUGCGAACAGCAGCAGCUCUAACCUGCAGAGCAGCAGACAGGGGUGAUGGGAUUUGUAGACCAACAAGAUCUGGAGGGCACUAUGUGGCAUACAGAUUCCAUCAAAGGCAGCACCUUAGAAUUAAAAUGCAGUCCGACCCAUUGGUCCAUUGAAGUAAAUGUUGCCUCCUCUGAAUGACAGAAGGUCUCAUGGGAGAGAGAGCAGCUUUCUGCCCCUUGGCUGAACAGGAUGCAAAGCCUGUGCUUUGCCACUGAGCCUCUCCGCAUUUCUGACGGAUUGCUUCCUUCCUUUUUUCAGGGCUCUAUUGUUGUCUUAGGCAACAAAGCUGACCUGGUGGAGGAAAGACAAGUCGAGGUGGCUGUGGCUCAACAGUGGGCCAAACUCGAGAAGGUGAAGCUGUGGGAAGUCACGGUGACCGACGGAAGGACGCUGGUCGAGCCCUUUGCCGUGCUGGCGAGCAAACUCUCUCAGGCCCAGAACAAGUCGGCUUUUCCUUUGCCCGGGCGGAAGCCCAAAGGCAACAACGAUGACGGCUGAAGGCCAUUUCAACCAGGGAGGAGUGUCUCGAGUUGUCGGUCUGUGUUUUAUGCUGUUCCUUUUGUGCUUCCUCAAGUGCUCGCAGAGUUUGACGCUGCAGUUAGUAAACUUGUGUAUGCAGUUUCUCUGCUGUCGUUUCUAAAGGGGAUGAAUAGCCCUUUUUUAAAAAAAGAUGUACACAAACAAGCUAUAGAAAUACUUGCAUACCUGCCCAGAAUGAAAGGGUGUGCAGGAUGGAGGAAGAGGGACUGAGAGAACCCGAUGAAUUCUUUCAAACUUUGCCCACUGGUGUGGACAGCAAGCCAUAAAACAUUGUGAAUGAAAAAGAUGGGGAGGGUGUGGAUACUCGCCCGUCAAUUGCACACCUAGAAAAAUCUGGUAAGAGCGAGCCAUUUACAAACGCUCCAUUCUCACAUCCCCUCGCAUCCUCUGUAUACUAAUAGUGAAUUCAUACUUUGAUUCUGCAUAUUUUUGUGGCCAAAAUCUGUGCACGAGAUGGAGGCAUCAGAAGCCUUGGGAGAACCCCAAGAUUUGCAAAAGUGGAGGGGGGGCCGUUUGGGGGGGAAUUAGGGGUGUGAGGAGUGAGAAUGUUCAGUGGGCAUGAAAUGCUGUCUGCUAUAUUGGGUUGAGGGACAGAAAAUGGGAGGAGGUGGAAUGGAGAAAAGGGCAUGGCCAGCUGAAACGCUAAUCAGGAAUAUUUAACGCUGCGACUUUUUGUUGCAGAUCCAACUUGUUUGUUUUAUAAUGCACGUCAUGGAGUAAUGGGACCAGAUUUUCACAAGCGAGAUUCAAGCCCACAUAAAAAGCAGUCGGGGUUUGGCUUAAGUACUUAAGCAAGCAGUUGCUCUCCUGUAGGGCAGCGUAGGUGAGAAAAAGAGCCACUCUUUAAUAAUAAGUCAUUUAUAAAGGGUUCAUUUAUUAGCCACUCUUCAGCGUAAGAUUCCCAGGGGAGUGAACAGUUUUAAGUAGUAGCAGGUACAAUAGAAGUCCAUAUAUUAAAAGCAAAAAAAAAAAGAAAAAAAGCAGCAGCCGUAAAAUCUAUUGGAUCCAGAAAAAACAAGUGUUAAAAACAGUUAAUAAAGCAUGCUGGAAUACCUGAGCAAAUAAAAGUCCUCCCUUAUACUGAAAGGGCAUAAAAGAUGAGCUGGUUUGGAAGAGAUACUCCUUUCUGCAAUCACAAGUGGACUUUCCACAGUCACCACCCUCCUGACAUCAGAUGGUGCUUCCAAUGAAGUAUUUGCACAGAAGGUCUUUCAAAUAAGGUCCCAAGCAAUUACUUUCUAAGUAAUGCCCAUCACUUUCUUUGGUGCCCAGAUGAUGCAAGCACCAGGUAAAGUAUGUUCCAAUUAGCAACCUAGCAUUUUGUCCUAACUGGAGUUUCCAGGAAAUCUUCAAUGACAGUCCUAAGUAUCAUGUAUUGCAGUAGUCCAGCCAAGACGCCAACCUGUGCCUAAGCUGUCUAGGAGGCAUCACAGAGGGUGUGCCAGUCUUCAACAACAAAUAGAAGGCAGCUUAGAGGUGUCCUGUAAAAUAACUUUCUUUUUGUGUUUUCAGAAUUUAGUAAAGCCUCCUUUGCCAAUAUUCCAGGAUUGUUGAUUUAAUCUUCUCAUUUCUUGGAACACCCUUUCAGAAUGCAACUUCUCAGUGUGCUUUGGUUCUUCUUCCUGUGAAUUUACCUCUAGUAGCCCAAGAGGGUGAAGAUUU